CUUCUUGAUUCUUCUUCAGGAAAAAGAAAGCUAAGAAAGGUGGAAGAUGAGCAUCACGGACAUUCUCAGUGCUGAUGACAUCGCCGCGGCCCUGCAGGAGUGCCAAGACCCAGAUACUUUUGAACCCCAAAAAUUCUUCCAGACCUCAGGCCUCACCAAGAUGUCAGCCAGCCAGGUGAAAGAUGUCUUCCAGUUCAUCGACAACGACCAGAGUGGGUACCUGGAUGAAGAAGAGCUUAAGUUUUUCCUCCAGAAGUUUGAGAGCGGCGCUAGAGAACUGACCGAGUCAGAGACCAAGUCCUUGAUGGCCGCUGCGGACAACGACGGAGAUGGGAAGAUCGGGGCUGAAGAAUUCCAGGAAAUGGUGCAUUCUUAAAGGCCUCCAGUCUGGAGACAGAGGACAGAGAGACAGGGACGGGACAGACAGCUGGAAGACCUCCAAACCCCAAGAAUUGGAACAC